AUGGAACUCAAGCUCCUCCUGGCCCUAGGCCUGCCCAUCGUCCCGGCCGCCGCCGAGACUGUCCUCGGCAUCUACGUCUUCCACCGCCACGGCGACCGCACCGCCAAAAAGUGGCCCCCGGUCCGCUUCACCGACCUCGGCGCCUCAGAGGUCUACACCUCCGGCCUCUACUACGGCGAGCGCUACGUCCGCUCAAACGCCUCGGCCCAGAUCCGCUCUAUGAGCACCGACGACGUCCGACCCGAGCAGUUGGCCGUCACCUCUCCCACCGACGUCGUCCUCCAGUCCUCCGCCUACGCCUGGCUCCAGGGCUUCUACCCGCCCUCGGGCUCCGCGAACACCCUCGCCAACGGCACCAGCGUCGAGGCGCCCCUCGGAGGAUACCAGUACGUCCCCGUCAACGCUGUCAGCACCGCCGCCACCUCCCAGGACGCCGAGAACAGCGAGUGGCUCCAGGGCGGCUCCGGCUGCGGCAACGCCGUCGUCAGCUCCAACAACUACUUCUCCUCCCCCGAGUACCGCUCCGUCAGCGACGACUCGGCCGCCUUCUACCAGGACCUGCUCCCCGUCAUCAACGGCACUUUUGCUGCUAAGCAGGCCACCUUCGAGAACGCCUACACCAUCUUCGACCUCGUCAACGUCGCCACCAUCCACAACGACUCCAUCUCCUCCGACAACCUCCUGACCAACGACACCCUCCGCCAGCUCAAGUCCUACGCCGACGUCCACGAGUGGAACCUGGCCUACAACGAGUCCGACCCCAUCCGCGCCAUCGCCGGCAAGGUCCUCGCGGGCCAGGUCCUCCAGGGCCUCAACGCGACCCUCAAGUCCGCCUCCAAGGCCGGCUCCACGAAGGCCAACAUCCAGUUCGGCGCCUACGCCACCUUCGCCUCCUUCUUCGGCCUCGCCCAGCUGCAAAAGGUCUCGUCCGACUUCGAGGCCGUCGUCGACUACGCCUCGUCCAUGGUCUUCGAGCUCGUCACCAACGCCUCGACCGCGACCCCCGCCGAGGACGACGUCGCCGUCCGCUUCCGCUUCGCGCAGGGCGCCGCCGGCAUCAACCCGCUGACCGAGUACCCCCUCUUCGGCCAGUCCGAGACGCUCCUGCCCUGGAACACCUUCGUCUCCGAGAUGGAGAAGUUCGCCGUCAAGGACACCAAGGCCUGGUGCACCGCCUGCGGCAACUCGACCGGCACCUGCGCCUCUGCGCUCGGCCUGGACGGCACCACCGAUGCCACCGGCGACAAGUCCAGCAAGGACGGCAACGGCAUCUCCACGCCCGUCGCUGGCGUCAUUGGUGCUCUCGUUGCCCUAGUCGUCGUCCUCGGUAUCGAGGGCCUUGUCAUGCUUGUCGGUGGCCUUCGUAUGGUCAAGAAGUCUAAGCUCGCGAAGGAUGUCCCUGCCGGGUCUGCCGCUGAGACGACUGGCGCCAAGAACUAA